GUAUGGACCAGUGGAUCUGGGAUUGCCCCUAAAGUCUCUGCGGACCUGCGGAGGUAGCCAAGCAAAUCGAUGGGGGCACUAUUGAUCCUGGCCUCUCAUUUGUCUGUGGCUGCUGGGGAGGGCAAAAUGAGGUCGGGCUCGAGAGCCAUUAUGAAAUAGCCCUUGCUUCCCCCCACCUACCGCAACACCUCCCGCUCUCAGUGUGUCACUCCGAGCAGUUGACGAGCAGAUCCUAUCCAAUAGCUGUGAGAUACUGGGGGGAGAUUCCAAAUGGGAUAAGAGCCUUUGGGGCAGAUCUGUACAUGUCACAGUCAUUCCUGGGAGGGGGGGUAUCCCUUUGCAGUGCUGCCCUCUACUGGGGAGGCACAGCUGGGCGACAGUCUACUGAUAGUCCAAGGCUUGCAACACGAAGCAGGAAAUAGACGACAGCGUGUCAUGUGACAGGAAGUCUGGCAAGACAGGAUGGGAAGAGGGCGGGGCUGAAGAGCAGGCAGGGUCACAGAUGGCGAGGGGCAAAAAGCAAGCAAGAUCUGAAGCGGCGUAGCAGCUCUGCUCGGCUUCAGGAAUCAUGUGACAGUUAUGUAGGACGUGUUCUAGCCUUCGGACCGCCGAAGCUGAACAGCUCUGCCGCAGACCUUCCUGGAGGUCCUUGUCCCAAGGGGCUGGCAACAUCUCCAUAGAAGGAUGGGGGUUUUACCAUGGGAAGUAGUGGGUCUAUUUCUUGGAGGAGUCCCUGCAGGGGACGUGCUUCUGGGACCGAAUAGACAAAGCAGAGUCUGUCUGGACUUUGUCCCGCGCUUUGCUCGCUUUCUGUGGGGUCGUGUGUGUGUGUGUGUGUGUGUGUGUGUGUGUGUGUGUGUGUGUGUGUGUGUGUGUGUGUGUGUGUGUGUGUGUGUGUGUGUGUGUGUGUGUGUGUGUGUGUGUGUGUGUGUGUGUGUGUGUGUGUGUGUGUGUGCGCGCGCGCGCGCCUGAAGAAGCCAAGUCUAAUGAAGCUUCUGCUCUCACUAGCGUGUGGUUGUGGGGCAGGAGAUUUUCGAGACGAGCUGCGAGAGGGAACGUCAAAGGUGAAAGUGUCUGUGGGCAGUGUGCCGGUUGUGGUCGUCUCGGUGACAAAAACUGGAAUAAAUCCAUGUGAAGAUUGUGCUGUCCCAAGAGUCCUGUACUGCUUUAGUAUACUAGCACGGCGCUAGCGAUGGUGGCCUCGGUGAACGGCCAGGCCUGAUAACGGGGAGGAACAGGUUGUUAUUCUGGUGAACGAUUAGCUAGUAGAGAUAAGGAGUGGUGCAGCCCUGUAGCAUGCUGGGUGAUGGCGGGAACAGGCCCCCUGGCCUCUCGUCCUAUAUCGGAGACAUCCGGCCCACUUGGGGAGGGGGGUCUUCUCUCGAGCGGCUCCCCACCACAGUCCUAUCACGGCUGACAUGCGGCCCUUUGAUGUUGGUGCAGGUGGCGCCGGCGGUUAGCGGCCAGGGUCGCACGUGAUUGGCUGAUUCCUGGAAAUCCCACUGUUAAACGCACAGCUGGUCAUGUGGUCUUGUGAUCGCCGGCUGAUGACGAAUCGGUGAAUACCCUGGUCUAGCCAGCCUGCAUCCUCCGGCAUGGCAUGUUCCUGUUAAGUUUCGGACAUUCAGGGCAGAGGGAUUUUAGAGGCCUCUGGGUUCGGGAAGCUGUUUAUGAGAAGACAACGAGAAGUGAAGGAGUUUCUCACAAAAGCCAAAGAAGACUUUCUUAAGAAAUGGGAGAACCCAGCGCAGAACACAGCUUCGCUGGACCAGUUCGAGCGGCUAAAGACGCUGGGCACGGGGUCGUUUGGACGAGUCAUGCUGGUGAAGCACAAAGAGUCGGGUCAGCAUUAUGCCAUGAAGAUCCUAGACAAACAGAAGGUGGUGAAGCUGAAGCAGAUUGAGCACACUCUGAACGAGAAGCGCAUCUUGCAAGCCGUCAGCUUCCCUUUCCUUGUACGAGUGGAGCACUCCUUUAAGGACAAUAGUAACCUGUAUAUGGUGAUGGAGUAUGUACCGGGGGGUGAGAUGUUCUCUCACUUGAGAAGGAUCGGCAGGUUUAGCGAGCCACACGCCCGAUUCUACGCCGCCCAGAUCGUGCUCACGUUCGAGUAUUUGCACUCACUGGACCUUAUCUACAGAGACCUGAAGCCAGAGAACCUGCUCAUCGAUCAGCAGGGCUACAUACAGGUAACAGAUUUUGGAUUUGCCAAGAGAGUAAAAGGCAGGACCUGGACACUCUGCGGCACUCCGGAGUACCUGGCUCCUGAAAUUAUCCUCAGCAAGGGGUAUAACAAAGCAGUGGACUGGUGGGCCCUGGGAGUGCUGAUCUACGAGAUGGCUGCUGGAUAUCCUCCGUUCUUCGCUGACCAGCCCAUCCAGAUCUACGAGAAGAUCGUCUCAGGGAAGGUUCGCUUCCCCUCGCACUUCAGCUCCGACCUGAAGGACCUCCUGAGAAACCUACUCCAGGUAGACCUCACCAAGCGCUUCGGGAACCUCAAGAAUGGCGUCAACGACAUCAAGGGCCAUAAGUGGUUCGCCACAACGGACUGGAUCGCCAUCUACCAGAGGAAGGUUGAGGCACCGUUUAUACCCAAAUGCAAAGGCCCAGGUGACACCAGCAACUUCGAUGACUAUGAAGAGGAGGAGAUCCGAGUGUCCUUCACGGAGAAGUGUGCAAAGGAGUUUGCAGAGUUCUAGAUCCAACUAACAGUAACCCAAGGAGAAAGGGGAUGGAUAUAUAAAUAUAUAUAUAUAUAAAAAAAUAUAUAUAUGGGAGACGGUUUUUUUUUUUUGGGGUGGGGGAAGUUGAUUCUCUAGGCUGCCAAUCUCCAUCCACCAACGGCCCAAACUCCUGUGUGGAGAGCUGCUGAUAAUUGGAAGAGAUUGAAGACCACAGACAUCCAGCAGUGUUGUAUUUUCCGUUUCUCACUUUUUUUUUUUUUUUAUAACAUUCUUUCUUCGCAGUGGUCAGGGAGUAGGGACAAGGGUUUGAAGAAUAGGACUAAGGUCUAACUUAACCUGGUUCCUUUUUUAUCUGUCAUUGCUGGGAACAUGGCUGCAGAUUUUAAAUCACUACAUGAUUCAUUUUCUGGUAUUGUCGAUGUCUCCCUUAGACACUUCCUCGGGUGGAGCUUUGCCAAACAAGGGUUGAUCAAUCUCUGUUGUUUCUGAAAGUCUUUGCCUGCCCUCCCCCUGCUCCCCCAGGCACCCCUCGUUUCUUGCCGAGUGACCACGUGUGAUUGGUCGAAAGAAGGCUUAACGAUCCCACGGUCCUAAUGCCAAGGAUCUGCCAGGCCACUUUUAGGAGAGCAUGCGGGGCGCCGUGAAUGACACGCCCGUAGGUCCAGAACCGACUCCCGCGUCUUCCGUCCGCUGCUCGCUGGUUUCCAGGAUGACGCGACUUCCCCUAAAUCGUCCGUGGACAUACGGCUCCAUAUUAAUCGAUCGAUUCAGUUUUAUGUUUAAUGCUUAAAUCCCCGACAUACUGUUUCCCCACAUCCCUUAUUGAACCUUGUAAUUGACCGCAGGUUACCUGACCAAGAAUUAAGUUGACUAGAUGUUCUUCCUAUAGCCGAUUUGUGCGUGCCGGUCUGUGCAUAACAUCAUACCGUGUCUGGCGUUCUGCAUGGUCUCUCGGCAGAGGGAGGUAUGAUUUAGAAAAUGAAAUGAUCCGCUGGCAGAAGACACUGCGUAGUCGACAAUUUAUAGGUGUGGCGCUGAUAUCACGUGACCCCACCCCCUGAAUGCGUGCGUCAUUCCAUCCACCUGGAGACGGCUUCUGCACUUAAAUUGCUCGACGACGUUGUUAAAACAUGUUCACUGAACUAUUAAGUAUUUGGAGCCCGAUAAGCAGACUAAGUCCUUUUGUGGAUUUAGUAUAACCUAAUCAUGCUUAAUAUUUUAAGGUUGAAUACGGAAUGUUUCGUGAAAUGCCCCCCCGCUUUCGUUUUAAUUGCUUUAAAUGUAUUGUUUUGCAAAGGAUGCAAGUUAGUCGUGGUUCUGUGGUGAGACUGUCGUAUGGAUGAAGCUGCAGAAGCUGGUACACCGUGUGGUUCAGUUUAGGGAUGGGGCAGGGUAACCGACGCUCGCUCGCGCGUAGCCAAAACCGUUAUCGCGUGCGCGCAGUGUUUCAGGCUCCGCGUUCGUACUGAAAUGGCAAUCUCAGUGCAGGACACCUCCCACCGAGAUGGCAUUCUUCUUUAUUUUAUUUUUUUUGCAGCCAAGUUUAAGGGUCGCCCGAUAUCACCUGCAGCCUAACGCUAUGAACACUAGCAGGUUGUCACGUAUUAAUUCCACUACAAAUUUUUGAAAAAAUUUUUUUCGUAGCUUUUUUUUUGUUUUGUUUUGUUUUUGUAAAAAUGUCUCUGCGGUAAAAAUUUUUGCUAUGUUAUACCGCGCGGGGCUUCCCCCUCCCUUCUCCGUUUUGCUUGUGAUGACUCAAGAUAGCAGAAUUUGCUGCUGAUCUUUUUAGUGAUCAGGUUUAAGUGGUGGGGCGAGAAUUCCGUGCCAGGAAACCCCCAUUCCUUGUAGACACGUUAAUGAAUGACAUCGGAAAUCCAGUUCAUUUUUAUUUAUGAUUUCUGUCUUGUACGUCCAUCUAGCCACACCCCCUUCACUACCACCUCUGUGGGUCUGGUUUGCCUCCGAUUCCUAACACUUCUUACAAAUUUUACUUUUUAAAAUAAGUUAUUAUACCGUUCAUAUUUUCUAAAUGUAUUUUCAGUAACAUGAACCUGUUCUCCCAGUGGUGGAGCCUGUCAUACCUUUCUGGAUACUAUAUUGUAUACUGUAACUCUGCCUUUGACAGUCUUAAAUAUUUUCCCUCUUCCGUACAACUUGGCGGAGACCCGUAGGACAGAAGUACGUCAGAGAAAAAAAAAGUAAUAUUUUACAUCAUGUAUCAUUCCAAUAAAGUUUUACUUGUUAAAAUUAA